AUGUUUUACUGCAUUUCCUCUUGUUUAUAUAUGUUUCUAAUUAAGCAUGAAGAUGUCAAAAAAUUAAACAAAGAGGGAAAUAUAGUAAAGCUACUGCAACCGUCCAUGACAAUUGACUGUGACUGCCUCAGAGAAUUAGAAGACGUGGAUGGUGGAAAGACAAAGAAAAUUUUAAUUCAGAUUUGGAUAAUAAAUUUUUGGGACAUAAAAUUAGGACUUGACUGA